AUGUACAGAAGGUACAAAGAGUAUGACCCUUUCAUAAUGCCGCAUAUCGUUAAGCAAGUUUAUUAUGUUCCUUACCUUUCAAUUCAGCCGUGUAAACGAGGAUGGUGUGUCGUUAUCGAAACAAAACCAUUGGGUCAUAUUGAAAUUGACGAUUUAGUGGAAGAUGUUGCUUACCAAGACCAUGAAAUUUCUCAAAUUAAUGAUGUGGGUGAAGUUGAACAAAUUACAAAUUUGUGUGAUACAUUGGCUGAAGGUCAUCAAAUUGAUGCAUCUGUGUCGUUGGUAGAAAAUAAUGUGGAUGAAGAGCAAGAAAAGUUUGGAUCUGAGGACAAUAUUGAAUUAGAUGAUGAAAAUAAUAUGGAUGAAGAGCAUGAAGAGUUUGAAUAG